AUGAAGUCCAUUGCGCUCUGGUCUCUGCUGCUGGGUGCAGCUGCUGUUGCUCAGCAGAUAGAGUACGAAUACGUUAUUAUCGGUUCUGGUCCGGGAGGUGGUACGCUCGCUGCAAAUCUUGCCCGGGAUGGACACUCAGUCUUCCUCAUCGAGGCGGGUGAUAACCAGGGACAUAACCUUACAGAAGUGAUCCCAGGAUUGCUUGGUAUUCUGUAUCCUCGCGGCAGCACUUUGGGCGGCUCUUCCGAAGUAAAUGGAAUGAACUGGGCGUUGCCGCCUGACAACGAUUGGCGAUACAUUGCCACCUUGACCAAUGACGACUCUUGGCGUCCUGAGCAAAUGAGACAGUAUUUCAUGGAGCUGGAGAGGAAUGAAUAUCUGCCUGAGGGUAUACCUGGUCAUGGCUACGAUGGAGGCUUUGGAGAGACUGAUGACCGUCGUGAAGAGCUUCAACGACUUGGGAUACCUGUCGUUGUCGACCUGCCAGCAGUUGAAAAUAACAUGCGAGAUAACUACGAGGGCGACGUUGUAGUUCAAGCCAACGUUGAUUUCGAGAACAAUCCUUUCGCCAACUGUACCUACAGCCUGUCCAACCAAAGCGAUCCCUGCCUCGAGCAAUGGGAAAACGAUCAUACUGGACCGUACGGAGAGGGAGGCGCGCCACUAAUCAUGUGGUAUCGAUCGAAACAAAGCCAAAACAACGACUCGGACGUUUUCUUCUUCGGUGGCGCCAGUGCCGUCUUUCGUGGCUACUUCCCAGGCUACAGUCGUGAGCAAGUUCCCGCGAGCACUUUUUACUGGUCCAUGGUCAAGAUGAAACCUUGCAACGCCGCAUGCAUAGUCGAGUUGCGGUCCACGAGCCCGAGAGAAGCACCAUUGAUCAACUUCAAUUACUUCGACGUGUCGAAUGGGCCCUAA